UUUAAAAUUGACGGACACAUGAAGCAGAUGAAAGUGAAACUAACAUGAAGGAACAUUUAGGGGAAAACCACUGACAUAAACCUACAUGUUCUGUGUCAGAAACAGCUAAAAAAGACAAACUGAGAAGAAACAGAAGACAGGCAACCAUGACGAACUUCUCUACAAUUUACAAACUGUCCCUGGUCGCCGUUGUUUAUCUCAUCCAAGUGUGUGGUAGCAGCUGUCCUGUGUUGGAGUGCUGGUUUGUGCAAGAGAAAGCAGGUCGAGGUGGAGGUUUAACAGGGGCUACGAGCCAGGAAAAAUCCCUGCUUCACAUCAGGACAGAGUCACACAUCCACAAUGACAAAUCCCAUAAGGCACCAGCUGACAUCAGCCCUGACAGAGUCUACUUUAUCACCGACCCAGCUGGUUCUCUGUGCCACAGCUCUCUGAACCCCCCCAGAGGAUCCAUCAAGAAACCCCAGUGUGAGAUCAACCCCUUCCUGCCACAGCCCUCCUCUCUUAAAUGGGUUGCUCCGCUCACAGAGUCCGCUCUCAGCCCCUUAUAUCUUCAGGCUGAUUGGAUUUCAGCUGCUCUUCAGGGUCUCGACAAAGAGAUGACCAUAACCAGCAUCAUGCGCGCUCCCACAUCAACCAAAGAAAACAACGUCAUCCUGAGUGUGACCAGUAAAACAGUCUCAGUCCAGUCCAGACUUGGAGAACCGGUGCUGCUGGACUGUGGCUUCUGGGUUGACCCUUCCUCGCCGCUGUCUGGGUCGGGUUUUGCAGUUGAGUGGCGUUACCAGUUCAGAGGCAAUGGGCGGUUGGUUCUGGCUUACGAUGGCAAGACGGACCGUUUGGCUGAAACACAGGAGGAAGGGGCCACGCUUGACUUUGAGGCUUUGCACCGUAACGGAAAUGCAUCUCUGAUCCUGCAGGAAGCCAAAGUGCGUCACUCUGGGACGUAUAUUUGUACGGUGUAUCUGCCGUACCUUCUGGCUCAGGUGGCACUGGAGCUGGAGAUUGUAGAGCCUCCAUCCCUCUCCAUCCACCCCUCCCCUCUGCCCCUCACUGUCCCAGGCCAGACCCUGACUGUCCAGUGUGAGGCGUCCGGCUUUGCCCCUCUUUCCCUGGAAUUUAGCUGGGAGUUUAAAGGCGCUGACGGGAAGUCCAGGCAGCUGGGAUCUGCCGGUGUGACGGGCCACAGGCAGGCCUGGGAUGGCACCUACAGCCAGAGCUCAAAACUGGAGCUGGAUUCAUCAAAACUGGACCUGGGCAGAGGAGGGGAGCUCACCUGUGUGGCUGCGCAUCUGGGAGGAACCCAACGGGCCAGUGUGACUCUGAACGUCAUCGGUUUCAGUACUCCAUCCAUUGAGGACUCGAUGGCGAUGGUUGGUGUGGCCCUUGUACUCUAUGGUCUCAUCAAGUUUGUCUCUUGGACCUUUACCAGUUCAGAUGCAGAUGAGGCUGAUAAACAAGAUAAGAAAGAGAAAUAGAAAUGAAGACGACGGUAGAAGUGGACAUGUGAUCCAGAAACAUCGAAUACAACUGUUGGUGCAUAUGGGAUGGGGUUUCAGCAGUGACUGUUUUUCGUUUUAUAUUUGCUCUUUUUUGCAGCUAGAGCAGUGAUAAAUCUAUUAUUGGGUUUUUCAAAGGACCAGAAGAAAGUCUCCUUGAGCUUAUUUGUUUUAUUUUACUUUUUAUUUUCUGUUUUGCUAUGACAGUAAUUAAUGUGCAUGGAUUAAUUUUUUUGUCUCACUUGUGUCGAUGGAAGAUUUUUCCACCUUAUUGAAAAGUUCUGAGUUGACUUCGAGCAUCAUGUUCUUCAAAUGGUAUAUAAUAUUUGGGUCAUCCUAUUUAUAUAAUGAAUUAUGUCACAGCCACUGGGAAAAAAAAUAGAGAAUAUGUAGAUUUUUGAGUCGGUAAUGUGCUUUAAUAUCAUCUUCAGUUUGGUCUCGCAAAUACCUUUGUGUUCAAAGGAGUAUGAAAGAGAAAAAUCAAAUCAAGUCGGUUUUAUUUGUGUAGCCAAAAGUCAUACAUUUGCACCAAGAACUUUACAGUAUGUACAAUAUACAAAAAUGUGUCUAUAGACCAUACAUAAGAAGACCCAGAAGAUCAUCCCUAUCUAGGCUAAACCGCCCAAGUGAAUUCUGUAAAUAGACUUUAUCAAGUAUGUGAAUAUUUUUGAUAGCUUUCUUAUUUUUCUGUUAUUUUGUGAUUUUUUUUUGUGGAAUACAUCACUCUUGUAAGUUCUCAAUAUGGUAAGAAGGACGCUUGGCUGUAAAUUUUACUGGUAAAUAAGAAGAAAAUGUCACAAUUCAAAACAAUAAUUACUUGAGUGGGUACUUUGUGUCUGAAUAAAAACUUACUUGUUGAA